AUGGAGACCAUGACCUUCCCCCGAUACAGCCCCGACGAUAUCAUCAGCUACCUCCGCAGCCACGUCCUGGCCGGCGCCGAGGCCCGGAAUCUGGUGAAGGGCGACGUGUUCGGCACCCCCAAGCUUGAGGUUUUACACAUGAUUUACAUGAGGAUCCUGCAGAAGGUCUAUGGGAUCCGUCUGGAGCAUUUCUACAUGAUGCCAGUCAACGUUGACAUCAUGUACCCACAGAUAUAUGAAGGCUUCCUACCUGUUUGUAACUUGUAUAUUCACAUGGAGCGCUUGCUUCCAGUCUGCCGCGUCCCUGACUUCCAGAUUGCUGAUGUCCUAAACCCAAAAACCAAGAGGACAAUCCGGUUCCUGAGUGGCAUCCUCAACUUUGUCAACUUCAGAGAGCUCCGUCGGGAGGUCUACCUGGAGUUACAGCUGAGCUAUAAAUCAGCUAUGGAGAAACACCAGCAGCUGGAGGCAGCAAAUCGGGAGGCAGUACUGAAGCUGGAGAAACUGAACACAGUUCCAGUUGAGCACCAGGCAGAGGUGAAGCAGCUGACAGCAACCAUCCGAGAGCUGGAGCAGGUCCUGAGGCAGGACUACCGCCGCAAGCAGACAGCUUUGCAAGAAGUGAUUUCCCAGAAGAAGUCAGAUAUUGCAGAGAGUACCAGAAAGCUGAAUGAGCUUAAAGUGACAAUGGCUACUUUGAAAGAAGAACAGGAGCAGCUGAAAUCAAAAAUUGUGGAGAGUCCAGAGGAAUUAAAAAAUUACAUGGAACUGAUGAAAGAGACUGUCAAGAAACUGAAGAAAUCCAAGCAAGAAGUUAUUGAGAAAUAUGAAGGCUACAGAGACCUGGUUGAGGUUCUGCCUUCAUGCCAACUGGAGGUGCAGUUGUAUCAAAAGAAGAUGGAAAGACAAGGAGCAAAUGUGGAGAGACUGGCCAGUGUAUUAUCAGAGGUCAGACAUCUGGAGGACCAGUAUGAGGGUGCUCAGAUUGAGCUGCAAAAGUGGAAGACAGAUGAAGUCUCCUUGAAGAGACUGGUCACUGCCAAGCAUGAGAAGCUGUCUACAGCUGACAUCAAGAUCACAAAGAAACGUGAAGAUGUUGAGCAGUACAAGCAGACUGUGUUUGAAUAUUGUAACAAAGUUCAGGAGAAGAGGGGUGCUGUGUAUGAUAAAGUCACAGCCAUUCACAAGGAAAUCCAACAGACAAGGUUCAAAAUUCAGCAGCUGCAUGAGAAUGCUGAAAAAGAAGAGAUGAAAGCUAAGGAAAUCUACCUGAAUCUGAGGGCUGCCCUGGAGAAACACCAUGACUCUCUCAUUAAGACAGCAAAGAGUUAUGCAGCCUCAAGAGAAGAUAAAAUUGCUGAGCUGAAGAAGGGACUGCUUGCAGUACAGACUGCUGGGAGUAGUUCCUAGGCCUGUCUUCACUUGUAUUCCAUUUUCAUGAUGUGUAGCCCCCUGUGUUCAGGAGCCUGCCCUUUGCAUGGGAUGGAUAAUUAUUCCAGGCAAAAUCCAGCUGUUUCAGGAACCAGGAGUCACUCAUUUACCUUUCUAGUCAGAUCCUGAUGGUUUGAGGCCAGCAGUGUGGUAAGGAAGCCCUUGGCUCAGCCUGUUUGGAUUGCUUCAGAACCUGAUGUUAGUGGUAAUAGUGCAAGUCUGGCUAAUUCCAAGUUGUAUGGCAUUAUACAAACCUGCUUUUUGCAGGAACUGGUCUGCAAGCUUUGGGCUGUUCUACUGCCAUGGUUCUGUGAGGAUUAAAUCCUGAUGGAGCAGUAGAAUCCAUGGAAAUGCCAGUUUACUCUCAUCAUGAAUCUUGGUGCCUGUCAACACCCAGGGCUCUCACUUCAGUCAACAGCACAGGACCUGUAGCUGCUUGGACUCAUUGUUUCUGCUCUCUGGGGUAGUGAACCCUCAUCAGUGUUUCUUAGGAAGCUUCUGUUUGGGUGUUUAGUCCUAUAAAAAGCAAUUACACAGAUAAGUGUUUUGUAUCUCA